AUGCCUCGUGCUCAAAGACGAUCAUCUCAAGGCUCGUCAAAGCAGAGCCCUACCUUGCCUGAAAAAAGAUCUCCUAAUCUGGCUCAACCGGAACCAAAACCUCUUGGACUGUUUGGGCAAAUGGCUUCCACAGCUGCAGGUGUAGCAGUCGGUUCGGUUGUGGGUAAUGCCGCAAGCGAAGCUCUACUUGGUACACGAGGAGGCACAGAAUCAAAGCAACAACACUAUGAUCUUCAGCAGCAGAAUCAUGAGCCAUGCCGGUACGAACUACAGCAGUUUGUGGAGUGUGCUCAGAACCAAGCAGAAAUCACUUUAUGUAAAGAUUUCAGUGAGGCUCUCAAGCAUUGCAAACAGGAAAAUAGUGAGUGUUGUACCCUGUUCCAGUCGUUCAGUUAG